AUGACAGAGCUGGAUUACCCCUUUGCGGAGCUCGUCAUCUCCCUCGGCUUCUUCCUCGUCUUCCUCACCGAGAGCCUGGUGCUGCACUGCUGCCACGUGGCUCCACCAUCCCACGGGGCCCCGGGCAAGGACCCUGCUUGCUCAGCCCCCAGUGUCCCCACCGUCCCGCACUCCCACGGGGCCACGGCGCCCAGCGUCCCCUCCAUCCCGCACUCCCACGGGGUCCCGGAGCCUGGCGGCCCCUCACCUGGCUCUUUCCGGGCCCUGGUGCUCUUCAUCACGCUUUCGCUGCACUCACUCUUCGAGGGGCUGGCGGUGGGAGUGCAGCAGGGCGAGGCGGGGGCCCUCCAGCUCUGUCUGGCCGUGCUGGCCCACAAGGGUGUGAUCGCCUUCAGCCUGGGGCUGCAGCUGGUGCAGAGUGGCACCCGGCCCCGCUGGAGGCUGCUCUACCUGGGCAUCUUCGCCCUCAUGUCCCCCUGUGGCAUGGCCAUUGGCAUCGGGCUCUCGCUCUCAGGCGGGGAGGCCGGCGGGCUGGCCAUGGCCCUGGUGGAGGGGGUGGCGGCCGGCACCUUCCUGUACAUCACCUUCUUGGAGAUCCUGCCCCACGAGCUGAGCUCCAACGAGCCGCCCUUGGCCAAGUUCUCCUUCAUCGCCCUGGGCUUCACCGUCAUGGCCACCAUUGCUGUCUGGGCCUGA